AUGGCCCCCGAGAACAUGAAGUGCCCUACUCGUACGGUGAAAGAUGCCUGCAGAGGUUUGGGAAAGAGGUGGGGCAUUAAGCGGCUCUUUUUGGAACCCAGUACUGCGUACGACUCGACAGUCAACACAGUCGGAAUGGGGUACAACCCUCAGCUCUACCCUCUCGAGGUCAAUCCAACAACAGGAGAGCCCUUCCUUCGACUGCGUGGUCACCACAAUAUCAUAAUAACUCCCCCACGGCCUGAAGAUGUACCAGCGAUGGUUCCUUAUCAUAACGACCCACGGAUUUGCGAAUAUUUGGGAGGUCCUCCAUUUCCAUAUACUCUAGCUCAUGCACAGAGUUUUUUUGACAUCACAAGAUCACUUUCCGACCGUUUGCUGAGCCAAUUAGAAGAUACAAAGGAUCAACGAGGACUGGUCAUACUGGAAAACUGCCCAGUAAGAGCCAUAAGAGAGGUUCAUGAGGAUGGAAGCGACACGUUCAUUGGGGACAUAGGAUUUAUGCGGUGCCCAAUUGGAGAACUUAUGGGCACCAAUGCCGCGAGUCUAGAUUGGGAAAACAAAACCAUUGUGGAGGAACGUAACAACAAACUUCCUGCAGGCGAUCCAAAUAUCAUCUGGAGCAUAGGAGAUUUUUUAGCUCCCUCUCAUCACGGCCGGGGAAUAAUGACUGAGGCAGUCAGAACGAUACUUCAUGAUUGGGGUGUUCCACGAAUGGGCAUACGCCAUGUUUGGGUAUCAACAUUUACAGGAAACGAUGGCAGUGUGAAAGUGUUCAUGAAGAACGGGUUCAAAUUGAUUUACACUUGCGAUGAGCAUAAGGAAGCGAAAGGGAAGAUGCGUGGGAUAAAUGUUUUGGAAUGGAAAUAUGGCGAGAGUUAG